UUCCACAGUCGAUCGUACGCGGUCGUCAGUUCUCGUCACGUCACGCGCCGCCGAUUCUUCGGGGGACGGAUCCGUCGGUCGAUCGUUUUUUUUUUUCCCCUACAACAUUCUCUCCCCCGUCGUCGUCUCGUUCCUCGCGCAACGACCGCCACCGCCGCCGCGCACGCAGUCAGUCGCCGUCCGCACCGCGCACUCGACUGGUGUGUGCUCACGUGCUCGCGCCGACGCCAACGCCGCCCCUAAACACGUCGCCGGUCGAUAACGUCCACCGUUCGUCGUCGUCGUCCCGCCGGCUCUCGAUUUUAACCGAACAGAUAUCGUCGCUGCCGCCGUAAACCUUCGCGUUCCAUUCCCGUGACGCAUCCAUCCCCCUAUAUCCCGGACACCAGCGACCGAACUCCAGAUAUAUGGGAACCUGGACGCUUAAAUCGGAGAAAGAUGGGGAUACGGAAGAUGGAGAAGUGGUAAGUUCUUUAAGCUGCUAUAACUCCACCGAACUUCUCGGAGUACCAGCAAGGAUGCCUCACCAUUAUGGUCCUGAAGCACCUAUGCAGUUUCGGCCUGAACAACGGCUUACUAGAGAUGCGAUGGAAAGGUAUCUGAGGGAUCGCAACGAUUUGGUGUUGGUGAUCCUCCAUGCUAAAGUAGCUCAAAAGUCGUACGGUAAUGAAAAACGAUUUUUUUGUCCGCCUCCUUGCAUUUACUUGUUCGGUGACGGUUGGAGACUUCGACAAGAACAGCUGUUGAGAGAAGGAGUGUCCGAGACGAAUUCUCAGAUGAGUGCAUUCAUCGGUAUCGGAAGCACGGACCAAGAACUACAGCCCCUGGAUCUAAACAACGGAAAACAAUAUUGUGCCGCCAAAACGUUGUUCAUCUCGGAUUCGGACAAGCGGAAACAUUUCAUGUUGAUGGUCAGGAUGUUUUACAACAUCGGUUACGAUAUCGGCACGUUUCACAGCAAACGCAUCAAAGUUAUCUCGAAGCCGUCCAAGAAAAAGCAAUCGUUGAAAAACGCCGACCUGUGCAUCGCGAGUGGAACGAAAGUGGCGCUGUUCAAUCGGCUGCGGUCGCAGACGGUCAGCACACGGUACUUGCACGUGGAGAAGGGAAACUUCCACGCGAGCUCGACGCAAUGGGGCGCGUUCACCAUUCACUUGUUGGACGACGACGAGAGCGAGAGUGAAGAGUUCAACGUUAGGGACGGUUACGUACACUACGGCAGCACCGUCAAGUUGGUGUGCAGCGUCACCGGUAUGGCCUUGCCACGGCUGGUCAUCAGGAAGGUGGAUAAGCAGAUGGCCCUGCUGGAGGCCGAUGAUCCCGUGUCGCAGCUCCAUAAGUGCGCGUUCUACAUGAAGGACACGGAGCACAUGUACCUGUGCCUGUCUCAGGAGCGGAUCAUCCAGUUUCAAGCGACGCCCUGCCCGAAAGAACCAAACAAGGAGAUGAUCAACGACGGCGCGUGCUGGACGAUCAUCAGCACGGACAAGGCCGAAUACCAGUUCUACGAGGGAAUGGGCCCGGUGAACUCACCGAUCACACCCGUGCCGGUGGUCCAUAGCCUGAACCUGAACGGCGGCGGCGAUGUGGCAAUGCUAGAGCUGACCGGCGAGAACUUCACGCCCCACCUGCAGGUGUGGUUCGGUGACGUCGAAUCCGAGACCAUGUACCGUUGCCAGGAGAGUAUGCUGGCCGUGGUACCGGACAUAUCGUCAUUCAGGGGCGACUGGCUGUGGGUCAGGCAACCGACCCAGGUGCCGGUGUCCCUGGUUAGGAACGAUGGUAUCAUCUACGCGACGGGGCUCACGUUCACGUACACACCGGAGUCCGGGCCCAGGAACCACGUGCAGCCCACGGACGAGAUAAUGCGAGCGCCGCACGCGCACAAUAGGUUACAGCCUGCCGUGGCCGACGUGCCGUGGAACCAACAUGCCAACAUCAAAGAAUACUAAUGAUCGCGAUGAGCUAUCGUCGCGACUGCGAUUUAAACCAAAGAGAAAGGUACACUCCGUGUUGUUACGUGAUUAAAAUGUACGAAACAACGUGCACGUCAAAUUAUUUAUAUUUAUUUUGUUUUAAUUCCAAGUGAUAUGGAUGAUUAAUAAUUGUUAAACAUUCUGAUGUUCAUACACACUUUUGUAAUAACUCGAUGUAUGUUUUGUGACAAAUAUCGCGAAUGUACCGAAAAUUUAUUGUUUCUCGUAGGUUUACCGAUUUCGAUAACUGAUCAUGGUUUUAAACAACUAUUGCAUUUCUGCGGAGGGUUCGUAUUAACAAGUAUAGCCGGUACUCGUCUAAUAUGCUAUCUACCGCACGUUUGAUGGUUUAGUAUGCUAUUUACCGUAAAUAUUUUAAUUACCGUGUAGUUAUGUAUAUGUAUUUCUGAUCUCUCCGAGGAAUGAUUUUUUUCAAGAACUUUUUUCAACUCACCACCACAAAUUGUUUAGUUUUUAAUUUUUGUACAUGUUUAAUCGAUUGGUAAUAAACCUCGUUUGCUUAAACAUUUUUCGCACAUAUCUUUAUUUUGAAAUAUAUUUCGAUAUUAAUAACUCAUAGUUGACAAACUCAUAAUAAUAAUUAAUAAAUAAUAAUAAAUAAAUCACAGUAAAGACACAUAUAAUCAAUACAAUUCACAAACACACACUAAACAGGUAUAAUAUAAAACUAUAUCUACUAACUUACCUAACCUACUAAGGUUUAAAUAUACGAGUAAUAUAUAUUUGGGGUUUUGUAAAAGCUUAAUCAUGAUGAUAGCAAAAUGAUAAAGUAUAUAUAAUACAUAUAUAGCAUACUAACCUACGGUAGAUAUCAUACUAAACUAUCAUCAAAUUACGGUAGAUAGCAUAUUGGACGAGUACCAUAUAGCCGAUAGAAAAUUAUGUAUUUCGUAGUUGAAUAAUGGUAAUCAAAAGACUUGUUUUAUUAUUCGAAUUGUUGUUGCACUUGAGUGUUUGCGUGUCAGUUCCUUUUUAAUAAUGUCUACAAUUAUUAUUGUUCUUGUAAAACGUUUUUCCGUCCAUUUAAAAUUGGUUAAAAUUAACAAUAUUCUUAUGCAAUAAUACGUUUGGCAUCAGAUUUAUAUUACAUCUUUUCUAUUUUUGAACGAUUUUAUGCAAUACGAUUAGGGUAAGUGUUAUAAAAACACCGUAAUCGUAUAUUGCGUACCAACGUAUCAUCUUAGUUGAAUUAAAAAUAUAUAGUUUUGUGCGUGAUUAGUUCGAAUACCAUAUCAAUUGCGGCCCAUAAAAUAUUUAUUCUCGUUUUUAGUUCUUGUUAAAUUAUGAUUUUAAUAACUUACGUAAAAUUCAUCUCGAGAAAAAUUCAAUUUUCUAUAAAAUGCUUUAAAAAAUUAGUCUACUACAAAUCAACAACAGUUUAAUAUUUCACCAAAAUAACAUUUCUAAACACGCAGUCAACAUAUAUUUUACACUUGAAAUGUACGAUACGUUUAAUUUGUAAUGCUAGAAUUUAAAU